CAUCUCCUCUCAAGAGACCUCAGUGGUAGGCACCCCAGCAGAAUCAUAUCUUUUGUUCAAGCCAAGAUCGGUCAAUGAUCUGCGCAGAAGAUUGCGCAGGGGAACCGUCGUUUGCGUUUCUGAUUGGCGAAUGGUACGAUGGCAAGUACACGGACUACACAGAGGAAGUGCUUGUCCCUAUCUUGUGCAUGCCGCCUGUCUGCCUGUCUGUCUGGAUGUCUGUCUGUCUCUAAGGAAAUAACAACCGUCCGAUUUCUUUGCCCAAUUUCAAAGGCGUGCUGGCUUCAAGCAUUACUGGUCCAUGUCACCGUUCCUUACGUUCGCAGGGAGCCAAGAGCCAGCCGAUUUUGGCUUCCUUUCGUUGUCGAAAGUGCCAAAAUUUGACCUUCGAUCUGUCCGUUCCGUAACUCCGUUCAUCAGCCUCUGAUAUUGUUGUUAUCCUCUCCUACUCCUCUACUGUUUG